UUCAAUGUACGGAUGGGAUAUGCCACUCUACUCCAAAAUGUACUUUUAUCCACACUGCUGCAUAUAGAAAUUGUAAAUACUUCAAGUUUUCCAAGAAAACUGCACUUUGUCCUCAUGCUAGCUAGCGUUAGCCACCGCAGUUGUUAUGGAACGUGGUGUUGAACAACAAAGGAGCUGAUUGGCUGACACUGCCAAUACAAAACGGCUGAGGUGGCUACUGCUAUGUAGCAUGAGGACAAAAAGGGCAGUUUUCCGGAAAACUAGCAGUUUUUCAAUCUUCUCGAUGGAACAGUGUGGAUAAAGAAUGACUGAUUGGGUUGGAUAUGGGUAUGCAGCACUCAUUGCAUCCGGAGGAGUGAUGGGCUAUGUCAAAGCACGCAGUGUCCCCUCCUUGGCGGCAGGUCUUCUCUUCGGCAGCCUAGCUGGGGUUGGUGCCUACCAGAUAUCGCAAGAUCCUACAAAUAUUUGGGUGUCUCUAGUCACAUCAGGAGCCCUGGCAGGUGUGAUGGGAAAGAGAUUCUACGCUUCCAGGAAGAUGAUGCCUGCUGGAAUGACGGCAUCAGCAAGUCUACUUAUGGUGGGGAAGCUGGGUGUUGGAAUGCUGCUGCAGAAGCCCUAGGAGUCAUAAUGCACUGAAAUGAAGAAGACUUUCACAGACACUGACGUUUAAAUCACUAUCCUCUCGUGCUUUUCUACGGUCUUAUAUCGUUCAUGAAGAAUAUCAGUGAUAUAUGUGGAUGUUAUUUUGGAAAAAGGUAUAAUUGAACAAUGAUUUAUAAAAUAACAAGGACUGUCAUGCAUUUUUGUUCAUAUUGUUACGCAGAUUGUCAUUACGUUACAAGAUAUAAAUGAACCAUGAAGUUGUGUAUAAGGUUUAUAAGAUGGCCAGUGUUUAUUUAUUUACCUUUAUAUAAGCGUAGACUGCCAUCAUACAUAAUAACUGAAGUCAAUGCUGCCUUAGCCACUGAUGCAGUAAAUGACAACUCUGGAUAUAUGAGCAAUAAACCUUUAACAAUUA